GCAUCCUCUGCUUCCCUUCUUUACCACCACCAGUCCACCACCACCACCUUCCCUCCCUCCCUCCCUCCCUCUCCUGCGUUGCUGCUAGAGCCUUCGUUCCUGGCGGCGGGCCCCGGUGCUCGUCGUUCGAUCGUGGACGACAUGGGCGCCGCGGCGGCGCGGUCGGCAUUGGCGUCCGCCGGCCGUGCGGCGAACGAGGCCGUAAGCUUCGUGGUGUUCCUGCUGCUGGACGCGCUGGAGGUGCUGCUGUGCGUCGUGUACAAGGUGGCGGACUACGUGGUGGAAGGCGCGUGGCGUCCCUGCUACUGCUCGUCGUCGGCGGCCACGGGCAAGAUCGUCGUGUCGGAGCGGGGAGGCUCCAAGGUCGUCAGCAUGCUGUCCGCCACCAGGCUCCACCUCGAGGACAUCUCCGACACGCUCUACACGCGGCCCUCCGUGCUGGCCUCCGCCGCCGCGGCGUCGUCGGCGUCCUCCCAGUCCCAGCGGCGCGCGCCGGCGCCGGGGGUCACCGUGCACUCCGCCAUCGUGCAGAUGCUCCGCGGCAAGGUCGGCGCCGGCGCCGGAGACGGCAAGCACAGGCCGUACCCGUCGCCGCGCUGGUCCGACUGCCACUGCGCCAACUGCAACCCGGCGGACACGGACCGCCUCCUCUUCGUCCACGUCGAGGCGCCGCCGCAAGGUACGCCGACGGAGGAGGACGUGCUGUUCAUCCACGGGUUCAUCUCGUCGUCGGGGUUCUGGACGGAGACGGUGCUGCCGCACGUGAGCCCCGCGGCGCGUUCCCGCCGCCGGCUGUUCGCCGUGGACCUGCUGGGUUUCGGGCGGAGCCCGAAGCCGGCGGACUCGCUGUACACGCUGCGGGAGCACGUGGAGAUGAUCGAGCGGUCCGUGAUCGAGCGCCACGGGGUGAGGUCCUUCCACCUGGUGGCGCACUCGCUGGGCUCCAUCCUCGCGCUGGCGCUCGCCGUCCGGCACCCCGCCGCCGUCAGGUCCCUCACCCUCGUCGCGCCGCCCUACUUCCCGGUGCCGCGCGGGGAGGUGGGCACGCGGUACGUGCUGCGGGCGGUGGCGCCGCGCCGGGUGUGGCCGCCCAUCGCGUUCGGCGCCUCCGUGGCGUGCUGGUACGAGCACCUCAGCCGCACCGUCAGCAUCGUGCUCUGCAAGCACCACCGCCUCUGGGAGCUCGCCUUCCGCGUCUUCACCCUCUACAGGGUGCGGACCUACCUCAUGGACGGCUUCUUCUGCCACACCCACAUCGCGUCGUGGCACACCCUGCACAACAUCAUCUGCGGCAGCGCCGGCAAGAUCGACAGGUGCCUCGAGGUGGUCAGGGACCAGCUCACCUGCGACGUCACCGUCUACCACGGCAGCGACGACGAGCUCCUCCCCGUGCAGUGCAGCUACGCCGUCAAGGCCAAGAUCCCGCGCGCCCAGGUGAAGGUCGUCGACGGCAAGGACCACGUCACCAUCGUCGUCGGACGCCAGAAGGACCUGGCCAGGGAGCUGGAGGAGAUCUGGGACAGGAAACGGUUAACAAGAGGAUGGGUCUUCGUAGAAGAAGAUGGCUGCCAACAAGCACCAACGAAGAGUUAGAGUUUCCUAAUGGAGGCUACAGGAAGGACGUGUUAAGGGCAGACGCGCUCGAGAGAAAUGUGAAGAGUACUUAAUUACAUUUACCUUUUUUUUUUCUUUUGUUCAUUGUUUUUCGACUGGUUCUCUGGUUUUCAUAUUGAAGGCCGAGAAAAAAAUUUCUUGCACGGCCUGUGUGUAAUUAUGAUAUAAAUGAUUAGUGGUUUCAGUUGUAAUCCCUGAACAGAAAGUGAUAUGGCCCGAUUUGUGGA